UUUUUGUUAUAAGUUUAUAACUACUACAAUUACAAAACCCUAACCCUAAGGAGAAGACCAGCAAGUGCUCUCGAACUCGCCGUACACUCUUCGCCGUCUUCUCGAACGUUAGUUGAUCAAUAUGUCGUGCGGAGAAGUUGCUUGCACUUAUGCUGCCUUGAUCCUCCAUGAUGAGGACAUUCCAAUCACUGCAGAGAAAAUUUCAACUUUAGUUAAUACAGCUAAUGUGGCAGUGGAGCCAUACUGGCCUCUCCUGUUUGCUAAGCUUGCUGAGAAGAGAAACCUUGGUGAUCUCAUCAUGAAUGUCGGUGCUGGUGGUGGUGGUGGUGCAGUCGCUGUUGCUGCCCCCACUGGUGGUGCUGCUGGUGGUGCCGCAGCUGCUGCCCCUGCUGCUGAGGAAAAGAAGGAAGAGCCCAAGGAAGAAAGUGAUGAUGAUAUGGGUUUCAGUCUGUUUGAUUAGAAGCUCCUCCCAGUAUGAUUUUUGCUUCUUAUUUAAAAAUUUGGCGAGAGACUUUGUUAUAGCUCCCUUGUUGAAGAGAUUUUUGAUCUGCUUGUCACAGUUAAAUGUAACCUUGACAUAAUUAUGGUUUAUGAACAUCAGUUAUGUUACUUAUUUCCGACUCCAA